AUUAAACCUGAGGGCCCCAUUAUCAUAUCUUGGUCUGGACCAGAUGAUACUGAAAACCCUCAAAACUGGCCCAGGCUUCUUAAAGCAUGGGUGACGUGUGUCAUAUCGAUUUAUUCAUUCGUUGUGUACUGCGGUUCUUCAAUAUUCGUACCUAGCUACGAAGCAAUGAUCGCCAAAUUCGGGCACUCUGAGGUCGUUGUGUCUCUUGUUAUGGCACUUUAUGUCUUGGGAUACGGUACGGGACCAUUGCUAUUUUCUCCACUGAGCGAAAUCCCGUCGAUUGGACGCAACCCACCUUAUGUCAUAUCAUUUUUACUGUUCAUCAUCAUCUCGAUUUGUCUAGCAGUGCUUGAUAAUUUCCCUGCGAUCGUUGUUCUUCGGUUCUUCCAAGGCUUCUUCGGAAGUCCAUGCCUAGCUACUGGCGGUGCAACUAUAUACGACAUUUAUUCAGUUUCAACAGCACCUUACGCAACUGCCGUAUGGGUAGCCUGCGUGUAUUGCGGUCCAGCAAUAGGACCUCUCCUCGGCACCCAGGCCGUGAAAAACAUAAACUGGCACUGGCCAUUAUGGCAGAUCUCCAUAAUGGGAGGGACAAUUCUGCUCCUUAUGAUUUGUUCACUGCCGGAGACAUCUUCAAGCAACAUUCUUCGUCGUCGAGCGCGAUCUCUCCGAAAGUCCACAGGUAACGAGAAUAUCAUUGCUCCAAGUGAGCUCAAUCCGAUAAAACUCUCAACACAUAUUAAGGAAUCCUUGAUCCGGCCAAUGGAAAUCGCAAUCAAAGAUCCCGCAAUCGGCUUCGUGUGUAUCUAUGCCUCAUUCAUCUACGCCAUAUACUACUCCUUCUUUGAGGUAUUCCCGAUUGUCUAUCUAGAUAUGUACAAGAUGUCACCUGUUUCAUACAGCUUGAUCUUCCUCGCCAUCGUUGCGGGAUGCCUUGUUGCACUUUCAAUUUGGAGUAUCUACCAGCUUCAGAUGAAGGAAACACAAGCAGAGUUGAUUUCCUUGAAUCUGCACGAAAAGAAUUUAGUGCCAGCCCUUCCGGGCGUAAUCCUGACACCUGUCGGCCUCUUUAUUUUUGCCUGGACAGCACGUCAGUCUAUACAUUGGAUUGUGCCCACGCUGGGAAUUGCGAUCUAUGCUGGUGCGACCUUUGGUAUUUUCCAAUCCAUAUUCAUUUACCUCCCGAUUACAUAUCCCCAGUUUGUGGCAUCGCUUCUGGCAGCGAGUGACUUUACACGAUCAGCUACAGCGGCGGUUGUUGUGAUCGUUAGUACUUACAUGUACGACAAUCUUGGAGUCAGCAAAGGUGUGACGCUUUUGGCGAGUAUCUCUAUCUUGGGAAUCGUUGGUAUGUUCCUGUUUUGGAUAUUUGGGGCCAGUCUCAGAGCACGGAGCAAGUUCGCCGCGAAAGGAGAGGUUGACUGA